AUGCCUCUCGGAUCGCCCUCUACGAUCCCAACCUCAGAUGUCGAAACCUCGACGCCUACCAGUCCUGCAAUCUCAGACGUCUCCACCGUGCCGGUGACCGAGUGUGAUCGCUCGUCUGUGGUAUCGCCGGCCCAGAUGGGGGAAGGAUCUAAUUUGGUUUCGAUCGCGAUCCCUCUGUCGCAAUCCUCUUCGAUCCCCGCUCCGGACAGGACCUCCGCCGGCCAAACGUCCCAACUCCGGAUCCGAGUGAGCCCAUCUUGCUCCCAAGUACUCGGGUCGAAGCCUCGGACUGUCGUGGAUCGGUACCAGAGUAUGGAGGCUGCCUUGGAGCAGCAGAUGAUCCAGAAUAGCCAGCUGAAUGAGGAACUUCAGGAGCUCCGCACCUCCGCGUCCCCUUUCGUUCAGUUCGUCCAAUCGAAGUACGACCGCGUUUGCGUUCGAUAUGAAGACUAG